AGAGAGAGAGAGAGAGAGAGAGAGAGAGAGAGGCUCAUCAAAUACCUUCACCCAGCUGGCGGACAGUCUGAAUGACUCCCCUGUCUGCUCUCCACGGACUCUGCUGACCUGAGUUUUCUCCUCUUCUGACAGCGGCACCUCUGCUGAGCUUUCAAACCAAGUCAUCCCUCGGGAGUAGUAUCUUCCCACCGGGUAGGGAAGGAAGGAGUUGGCCAGAAUCCGGCUCCCCGUGGUCCCUGCAACCCUCUGGUGUCGCGCAAAAGCUGUUGAAAGUAGCUGGCAGUUCUCUGAGUGAUUUAACCCUUCCUGGGGUGGUCAGCCUGGCACGGAAGGUCUCUGGGUGUGUGGUUUUAGUGGGAGCCUGAGGCUGACCUUCCACCAUGACGGACACCGUGGUCAGCAGCAGCUCCAACCGAUGGAUGUACCCCAACCAGCGUCCCCUGCAGUCCAGUGACAAAGAACAGGUCCAGGCAGGAUGGUCUGUCCACCCCAGUGGCCAGACAGACAGACAGAGGAAGCAGGAGGAGCUGACAGAUGAGGAGAAGGAAAUCAUCAACAGGGUGAUCGCUCGGGCUGAGAAAAUGGAGGAGAUGGAGCAGGAGCGGAUUGGGCGCCUGGUGGAUCGCCUGGAGAACAUGAGGAAGAAUGUGGCCGGGGACGGGGUGAACCGCUGCAUCCUGUGUGGGGAACAGCUGGGGAUGCUGGGCUCUGCCUGUGUCGUCUGUGAGGACUGCAAGAAGAACGUCUGCACCAAGUGUGGGGUGGAGACUUCCAACAACCGCCUGCACCCUGUGUGGCUCUGCAAAAUCUGCAUCGAGCAGAGGGAGGUAUGGAAGCGUUCAGGAGCAUGGUUCUUCAAAGGCUUCCCCAAACAGGUUCUCCCACAGCCCAUGCCUAUAAAGAAGACCAAACCCCAGCAGCCUAUCACCAAGCCUGCUGGUCUAGAGCAGCCCACCCGUGAGCCCAAGCACACUGUUCCGGCUCCAGCACAAGGUGACACCGAGGACAGGAGGGCCCCAGGUCAGAAGCCAGGCCCUGACCCGGCCUCCACCCCUGGCCGAGGAAGCCAUGGGCCUCCGGUACGCAGAGCCUCGGAGGCGCGCAUGAGCUCAGCCACCCGGGACUCUGAGAGCUGGGACCAUGGCCACAGUGGGAGUGCAGGAGAUGCCAGCCGGAGCCCCGCAGGUUUGAGACGCACCAAUUCAGUGCAGGCCUCCCGCCCCUCCCCGGCCUCGGGGCCCAGCCCAGCACCUCCCCAGCCAGGGCCACCAGGGCCAGCAGGGGGCGGCAGAGCGGCUCCUGGCCCUGCAGGACGCUUUCCAGACCAGAGAGCAGAGGUGGCCAUGGGUGGCCCUGGCUAUCUGGGGCCCACCACCCCACUGCGGGAGGAGAGGACAGGGGGAGCCAGGGAGGAGCAAGCGGCCCCACCGCUGGGGCCCUAUUCCCAAGCAUCCGCUGCCGCCGCCCCCCAGCCGGCCACCUCUGCCCGCCCGCUGCCCCCAGAGGAGGAGGAGGAGGCCAACAGCUAUGAUUCUGACGAAGCAACCACCCUGGGUGCCCUGGAAUUCAGCCUUCUCUACAACCAGGACAACAGCUCCCUGCAGUGCACCAUCAUAAAGGCCAAGGGACUGAAGCCCAUGGACUCCAACGGUUUGGCCGAUCCCUAUGUCAAGUUGCACCUCCUGCCAGGAGCCAGCAAGUCCAACAAGCUCCGGACGAAGACUCUGCGGAACACCCGGAACCCCAUCUGGAACGAGACCCUGGUGUACCAUGGCAUCACGGACGAGGACAUGCAGAGGAAGACCCUCAGGAUCUCUGUUUGUGACGAGGACAAAUUUGGCCAUAACGAGUUCAUUGGUGAAACGAGAUUCUCGCUCAAGAAACUGAAACCGAACCAGAGGAAGAACUUCAACAUCUGUCUGGAGCGGGUGAUCCCGAUGAAGCGCGCAGGGACCACCGGCUCGGCCCGAGGCAUGGCCCUUUACGAGGAGGAGCAGGUGGAGCGCAUUGGUGACAUAGAGGAGCGCGGCAAGAUCCUGGUGUCCCUGAUGUACAGCACUCAGCAAGGAGGCCUCAUCGUGGGCAUCAUCCGCUGUGUGCACCUGGCCGCCAUGGACGCCAAUGGCUACUCAGACCCUUUCGUCAAGCUCUGGCUGAAACCGGACAUGGGAAAGAAGGCCAAACACAAGACUCAAAUUAAAAAGAAAACCUUGAAUCCUGAAUUUAAUGAGGAGUUUUUCUAUGACAUCAAACACAGUGACCUGGCCAAGAAGUCACUGGACAUCUCCGUGUGGGACUAUGACAUUGGCAAGUCCAACGAUUACAUUGGAGGCUGCCAGCUGGGGAUCUCAGCCAAAGGAGAGCGCUUGAAACACUGGUACGAGUGUCUGAAGAACAAGGACAAGAAGAUCGAGCGCUGGCACCAGCUACAGAAUGAGAACCACGUGUCGAGCGAUUAGGACGGAGCCCUGGUCCCCACCGCCACGUGCCCCAGCCUGCCCCAGCCACUCACUGCUCUCUAGUCUCCCUGUGCCACCUCCCCAGCCCCGGCUGCCUGCCCGGAGCCUGCCUUUGGCCCCCUACCUUGGGCACCGCUGCCAAAGACCUGCUCCUCUUCCUCCCUCCUCCAGCUCCUGCUGCAGCCCUGCUCUGGUCCCUAGGACUGACAGCAGGGCUGGGGAUGUGGAGACAGUCAUAAAGAGCAGGCUCACUUAAUAACCGCCUGUGUGGGGAAAUGAACGAAGGUGUUCACUGUCCGGGCUGUCUCUCUACCCUCCUGGCCUUGAACACACACACACUCAUACUCGAGUGCGUGCGCAUGCCACAUGUCCCCUCAGACCCUCACGCCAUGAGGACACACACUGGGGCAGAAAUGGGAACAUCCAGGAUCCACUACCCCUCCAAAACACACCCCCAAUUGCCAGAACAGCUGCUCCUUGUGUUCAGGGGACCCCACCCCCACCCCCACCCUGCCAACUCCAGCUGCAAACACAGCAAGAAAUGGACACGCAGGGCACACAGGGGUCUCACUGCCCCCUCUUUCAGGAAGUCAUCCAUCUGCCCCUAGCAAAAAUAAUUCUCCCCCCACUGCCCUCUCUCCACCCGCUUCCCUUUCCCUAGCUCCCCAUCAGGGGAAGCCCCUGCCUGGCUCUCUUCUCUCUACCCGCACCUCCCUCCUCCCUGGCGCCUCUCUCAGGAGGCAGAAUAGCAAAAUCAAAAGCUGUGUCUCGGAGCCUGGAGCCUGCUGCCCGCAGGCCUGGCGCCUCGCCUCUUAAACUCCCCACCACUGCUCUUGGCAUGGCCAGAGGGCCUUGGACCCAGGCAGGCUGCAGGCACAGCCCUGCGCAUGGCAGCACCCCACAAGCUGGCAGAUGCCCCUAGACGAGCUCUGCCACUCCUGCUUCCCAGUUGGGCAGUGGAAGACCCCAGCUACAGUCUGAGGGGCUGGGCCAAAGCCCCUCCUGUCUCCUUCCUCUGUGCUCAGUUAAAGGAACCGCCCCCACCCGCCAUGCUGUGACUCCGUCCUUCCUUGGGUUCCCCGUCUCUCUGCAGAAAGCCUGUGUCUCUGUCCACUUCUCUGUCUCUUGCAUGCUCUUUCCUAAGUUCCCUGGGGGGAAUCAAAUAGCAUCACAGGUAUACAACUGUAAAACGGGGCCAACCCUGAUGCCAAAGGCUUUUGGUCCACCAUGAAUCGAGAUGAACAUUAUAAUUCUGAGGUUGAGAUCCGGCAAUCUUCAACCCCCUAAGAAAGGUUUGGUUUUUUCGACGUCGAUUAGAUCUUUCCCCAUGAAAAUCACCACAAAUCAUCCCGAGCCUCCGCCACACGCUCUAGAAGCCGUCAGACCCAACAGAAACUCCCACUAUCCAAACUCACACCUUCUGACCUUCCCCUCUCAAUGCCCUCCACCCUCGGCUCCCCCCACAACUUAUUGGAGAACUUGGUUCUUGCCUUUAAGCACUCUUUUUCUAAAUACCAAGCUCUUCACCUUCCCCAAGGUGGCCAAUAGCUUCCAGGCCGCCAUCUUUCCUCUUGACCUUGACUUUUCCCGUCAGUCCCCUGCGGCACCCAAGCAGCCACCUCCCCGCCACGGCCCGCCCUUAGGAGAAUGCAUGACAGCUGUGUCGCCAAGCCUGGCGCCGGCGUUGGCUCUGGAAUGAGCAUGCGCAAGCGUGCUGUGCCCCUGGUCUGGGCACGCGCUGUACCGGACACACUCAAGCGCCUCCUGCCUAGGACAUACACAACCCCUGGUGCAUGCCAACCGCCCGCCGCCUUUCUUUGUGAUGAUGUAGCCAACAAUAAAGUAGGAAUAUCCAGGCAAA